AUGAAUCAUUCUAUGAGGCUGUCAAUGUUUAAUGAGUUUGUGGGAUUGAAGUUGUUUUCUAUAACCGAAACCCGCUUUGCUUCCAUGUUUGUGAUGCUAAAGAGGUUCAAAUUGAUAAAAUGUGGUCUCCAAAAUAUGGUAAUCAGUGAAAAAUGGAGUUUGUAUAAAGAUGAUAAUCUAGGACGGGCAAGAAUGGUUAAAGAUAAGAUUUUGGAUGAUAUUUGGUGGGAUUCAAUUGAUUAUAUACUUGCUUUCACUGCUCCUAUUUAUAAUAUGAUCAUAAUUUGUGACACUGAUAAACCUUGUCUUCAUUUGAUUUAUGAUAUGUGGGAUGACAUGAUUGUAAAAGUGAAGAAAGCUAUAUACUUUCAUGAAUUGAAGAGGAUGGAUGAGACCUCAACAUUUUAUGAGGUGGUGCAUGGCAUUCUUGUGGAUCGUUGGACCAAACAUUCAACUCCACUUCAUUCUUUGGCACAUGCUUUGAAUCCCUAUGAACAAUGGCUUAAUGAAGAUCCUAGUCGAGUUCCUCCACACCAGGAUUUAGAGAUUAAUCAAGAAAGACAAAAAUGUUUAAAGAGAUACUUUCCUAACUUGGAGGACCGAAAUAAAAUAAAUUUGGAGUAUGUGUACUUUGCUAGUAUAAGUGGAGGUUUUAGAGAUUAUGAUGCCAUGCAAAAUCGAUAUUCUAUGGAGCCCAAAGCUUGGUGGGUGCUUAAUGGUGCUUGUUCACCUAUGCUUCAAAAGAUAGAAUUGCGACUUGUUGCACAGCCUUCUUCUGCAUCCUGUGCUGAACGCAAUUGGAGUUCUUAUUCUUUUGUGCAUUAUGUAAUAAGGAAUAAGAUGACUCCAAAACGUGCUGAAGACUUGGUUUAUAUACAUAGCAACCUUAGGCUCUUAUCAAGAAAGACUUCACAAUAUACACAAGGGGAUAAUAGAAUGUGGGACAUUGCUGGAGAUACAUUUGAUACAUUUGAAGAUGUUGGAAUUCUUGAAGUUGCUACUCUUUCACUUGAUGAGCCAGAGAUGGAGUUAAAUGUUAUUCUAGAUGAAAAUGUUCCAUGA